AAAAUCGUGAUAUUGUAGCCUUCACGUUCACUCUGAGCUUGGAUCACCAGCGUGUGAGCGAGUUCGGUCUAUAGAAUAACUAUACCCUACGGCCUACGCGUUAGACCGAGGCCAUAUAGUUAGACGCAUAUCCCACGCUUUCCUCCGGUUGAAUUAUUCAUUUAACUGAAUCGAAAUACCACCACUUUCUUGAAGAAGAAGAAGAAGAAGAGAAGAAGAAGGCGAAGAAAAUGGCUAGCUUGAUACGACAGAAUUACCACGAGGACUGCGAAGCCGUCGUCAACAAGAAUAUCAACUUGCAUCUCCAUGCAAGCUACGUUUACCUGUCUAUGGCAUCCCACUUCGAUAGGCAUGACGUAUCUCUGCCAGGCCUUCGCAAGUUCUUCAAAGAGAGCAGCGCCAGGGAGAAGGAACAGGCUGAAAAACUCAUGCAGUAUCAAAGCAAGAGGGGAGGGAGAGUAGCGUUCCAGGCAGUCCAGGCGCCGCCCAAGAGGGAUUGGGGCACCGCUCUGGAAGCCCUCCAGUCAGCGCUGGAAAUGGAGAGGCUACUGAAUCAGGCCUUUUUGGACAUCCUCAAAGAAGCCGAGGACAAGGGUGACCCUCACCUGGACGAGUUCAUCGAGGAGGAGUUCCUAGAGGGCAAGGUGGAGGUCAUCGAGAAACUAGGUCACAUGACGACGCAGCUGAAACGCGCGGGACCAGCAGGUCUGGGCGAAUAUCUCUUCGACAAAGACCAGUAGAGUCUUGUCGGAAUUCACAAGAAGAAGAAGAAGAGAUUCUCAGGUAAACACGAACGUCUGCUGACACCAGGUGCAAUAUAAAGACCUUCUUCUGAGUGCCUUCUUGACAUCAGGUAAAGGUGCUGAAGAAGGCGUGAAGGGCCGAUUGAAAUAAAGUCAAUGAGGCUUGAAGUUCAAUGGACUAAAACAGAAGAAUUGUUGACCCUAAAAACUGAAAAACUGAAAGACUGGCGACCCUGAAAGACGCAGACGAAUAAAUAAUUGAAGACCCU